AUUAGACACAUGUUUACGAAAUAAAAGCACUGAUUCAGAAAAUUCUCCACUUGACAUGAAACAACUUUCCAUUGAUGUUGAUUUGUGAUUAAAAGUUGCCAUUAUUCAUGCCUGGAAACUUUUCACGCUAAAGAAACUUCAGCCAAACAUCACAGAAACUUUUACGCUACACAGAAGCCUUACGCGUGAAAAGUUUGAAUACACCCUCACCUUACAUUAACUCUAUUAGCGAAGUGUUCCAGUUUUCAAUUUAACGUUAAGUGAACAUGAAUAAAUAGCGCCGCAGAUUAAAACUACGGGCUAAAAGCACUCGGGGAAUAAUACGCGGGCGGCGACGGAUGCAACAAGUCGGGCGGGCGGGGCGAGGGCGGGCGGCAGUACCGCAGCAGGCAUGGCGUCGGACGGACGUACCAAGCGCUCGCAGUCGAUAUGCGCGCCGGCGUCCGCGAGCAUGGAGGCGCUGGCGGCGCCGGCCGAGACGCCGCCCGCGCCGCGCCGCCGCCCCGCCACGCGCUCGCAGUCCGCGCGCAUCACGGGCGGGCGCUCCGUGCGCCACCGCCGCACGCCGCAGCAGCAGCAGCUGGACCGCGAGACCAGGGCGCGCUACAGCUCGGAGCCGCGCCUGGCCGAGGCCGAGACGCCGCCGCAGGUGCGCCGCCAGGCCUCGGCGCGCCGCCGCCCGCCCCCGGGCGCCUCCAGCCAGCCGCGCCGCUCCAACGCGUUCCUGGACGUGCCGCGCGCGCCGCCGCCGGACGAGGAGCCCGACGAGGACUCCUACCGGCUCCGCACCUUCAACACCACACAGAAAGGAGGCAUAGUGAACCGCGGCGACUCAUUCCGCCGGCGUCGCUCGCGCUCGGGCUCCCUGGCGCCCUCAUCACCAGCGCAGGCGGCCCCGGAGCCCCACGAGAGGAAGCCGGUAGCGCUGUACCGAGUCGCCAUGGUGGGCGCGCCCGGCGUCGGCAAGACGGCGCUGAUCAGCCAGUUCCAGACCAGCGAGUGUAUCAAUGCUUAUGAUCGGCAGAGAGAAAGCGAUGGAGAGGGCAUCGAACAGAAGGUAUCGAUAAUGCUGAACGGGGAAGAAUCUGAACUAUACUUCGUCAACUGCACUACGGUUAAGGAAGAGAUGGAGCGGCUGGAACCGCCAGACGCCUUCAUCAUCAUCUACUCCGUGGUGGACAAGGCGUCGUUCCAGAAGGCAGAACAGGAGCUGGCGAGGCUUCUAGACGGGGACAUGCUGCGCGCGCGGCCCGCCGUGCUGGCGGCUAACAAGAUCGACCUGGCCCGCAGCCGCGCCGUCUCCACGCAAGAUGGCAAGUGCAUGGCGUGCACCUACAAGGCCAAGUUCAUCGAAGUAUCAGUCGGAAUCAACCACAACGUGGACGAACUCCUAGUCGGCAUCCUCAACCAGAUCCGGCUAAAGAAACAACAGUACUCGGCCGAGGGAGGCAGAGAAUCCUCGCCCGCCCAUUGGUACAAAUCCAGGGGGGUCGUACGAGCCAGCAUGAAGGCCAGACAGAUGCUGACCUGGAUUUUUGGAAAAGAGGAUUCGAAAUUCAAAAACUGUGAGAACCUGAAUGUGCUGUGAGUGGAGACCCGACGGACUGAAGGCCCCGUGUUCGUGUGAGCCUGCGGUCCGUGUGUUCAGAGACAGGUGCUAGUUGUAAGGUUUUGUGGUGUUUUUUGCGUUGGUUUUGGGAGUUGCGAGUUGGCGGAUGUUAUUUGUGUUAAUUUUAGAAAUAUAUUGGCUUCCACUGUGUAUUUUGCUUCGUAUCAAUCGUAUUUCGUCAAUCAUGAUUCCCUUAAACUUUUAGCCAGACACCGUGAAACAGCUCAAAACAACAUCGUGAAGCUUAGUUUAAUACCGGUCAAUAAUUUGGAAGCUAUAGAUUGCAUCCAGAGGCGUGCUUUGGAUGAGGCCUACAUCCAGCAGCGUUAUAAGUUGAUGAUGAUGAUGAUUUGGAAGCAAAACGACUAUCAUUGUUCAUUUGCAUAGACAUCGUGAUAAGUACGACUGAUACGAGAAUCAAUGUUUUAACCGACUUCGAAAAACAAAGUCGGUUAGUUGUUUGAUAGAUAUUUGUUCGUAUUAUUUGUUGUCUUUAUGUGCCAAACGUCGAGAGAAUUUAAUAUAAGAUGUAUUUGAACUAUAGAUAAUUAUUACCUUUAAGUGAUAGAUACAGUAUUUGCCUGUAUACAAAUAUAAAAUUUAUCAUUAGUCAUUACACAGUCUAAUAAUAAUACUAGAGGUUAAAAAAUAUCAGCAAUAUUAAUUUAAGUCAUAACUAUAAUUACUUACUUAAUCUAAAUACAUAAUAUUACCUAUGGUUAUGAGAUGCCCAAAAAAUUUACUGGACCAUUGUAGAAAAAUAUAUACCUAAAGCCCAAUGAAUUAAAAUAUUCAUUUGUACCUACCUCAGAAUAAAAUGUACAAUCUCUCAGCUGC